AUGGUCACAGAUUUACAUGUUAGUAGGUUUUGUGUGGGCGAUAGAUUCUACCUGUGCGAAAACAAAAUCCUGUGCGAGUACGACUACGAGGAGCGCCUAGUGUUCGCGUCGAUGGCGCAUCACCCGAUAUUGAAGAGACAGGCGGCGUCGGGUGCCGCCGGAGGUCUACCUGCGCAGAUGACAAACGGUCUUCAUCCACAUCCUCAUCAAAUGAUGAAUCAACAACCUCAGUCCCAAAAUCACCAGCAGUCUCAACAAAUGACGACUUGCCCACCAAGAGGGUCAAGCAAUCCUGGAGGUGACCCUAACAAUAAUGGUUUGGCGACCAGUCAAGGAAAUUAUGCUGCCAAAACCAAUGGACAAGUCAUGUCUUUGGGCGCAACGAGUUAA